AUGAAUCGCAGCUGGAUACGACGAUAUAUAAAUGCCAAAGGUCUCGGUGUCGAAAGUGGAGAGUGGGAGUGGUGGUACGCCGAUACACAUCUUCAAGACGGCUGGUUCCGGCAGGUGCCCUUCUUCUAUAUAACAGAAGGAGACGGUCCCAAGACUGGACUCAUUGAUCUGAACAUCGCCAAGGAUGGCAAGAAGCUUUGUGACUUGCAUAAGCGUAUUGGAAAUCUCCCUUCCGAGAUCGUUGUGGCAAAAGAUCGGUGUGAUCUCCAGUAUCGCAAGAAUUACUUCCGCAGUAUCAAUGGCCUCAGCAAGUAUCACAUCUUUGUCGACCCUGAUGAGAUGGAAGGAUUUGGUUUCGACGUGGUGAUCAAGAGAAAUACUCCAUCCCAUCGACCGGGCUCAGGUCGAUGGGACAUGGAGGGUCGUCACUUCUCAUGGUUCGUAGCUGUCCCUGGUGGCCAACUGACCGGAGAGGUCACCGCCAACGGCACCAAGACCAAGGUUGAAGGCAAUGCCCACCAUGACCACAACUGGGGCAAUGUCCCUAUGGAGACCAUCCUGGAUAACUGGCUCUGGGGACGCGCUGAUGUCGGCGGGCUCUCUAUAGUGUCCGCAUCAGUGCGGUUCCGCCAAGAUUGUGGGGGCAGAGAAGUGCCUCUACUCUUCGUCGUGCGUGAGAAUGAGGUCCUGGUGGAUGUGAGCGACAACCAACUUGUUUGCUUGGAGGGAGUCAAGAUCGCGCAGCCAGACACAGGCAAGCCGACCAGCUCUGAUUGUAUCUACCUUGUCAAGUCAACAGGCGAUAACUUUGCGCAGGUUCGCUUUGAUGGGCAGCAGAAGGUGAUUGCGUCUUUUCCUUACCCGACUACUAGUCAGGAGUGGGAGACUCGGUAUACAAGAUAUGCUGGGAUGGUAACGAUCAAUAUCACAGAUGGAGACAAGCGAGUUUAUGUCUCUGAUCAUGGCAGCUUGGAGGUUAUGGACUUCUUUGGACGAAAGAAGGUAUAA